UGCUGGCAAAAGUGAGCGUCGUUAGAAAACAGUGUCAUUCGGUGGUGAAGCGAGAGAUCUGCGGGCUUGGACGCUGGCCCGGCCGGAUGGUUAAAUCCAACCUACAGACGAUACUGAAUAGCCAUUGUUUUGUGCGUGAAAAAGAAAGAAAUAUAUCCAAUAUGCCUAUCAUCGACCUGAAUAGUAAUAAACCCGAAAGUGAAAGUGUGCGUGGGUGCUCCCGGUCUUGCAGUAACCCGUGUCCGGGGCCUCUGUGGUGUUCCGAUGCCCCUCUCCCACCCCUGAAGAUCCCAGGUGGGCGAGGGGACGGCCAGAGGGAUCACAAUCUUACAGCUAAACUAUUCUAUUCUGACUCUCAACUGCUGGUAUUUGAGGAGCCUCCUCCUGCAAACGGCCGCGUGCGUUUCCUGCUGUUUGAGGCGCGCCGCGGCGAGGCCAAGCCAACGGCCUGGAGGGCAGCACUCAAGGGGGCCUGCCUCUAUGUGGAGAUCCCCCCUGGAGCACUGCCCGACGGCAGCAAGCACAGUCUGACGCUGCUGCUGGAGUUUGCUGAGGAGAAACUUCACGUGGAUCACAUCUUCAUCUGCUUCCACAAGAACAGAGACGACCGAGCUUCUUUGCUUCGGACGUUCAGUUUCCUGGGCUUUGAGAUUGUGCGACCAGGCCACCCCCUCGUCCCUUCCCGCCCUGAUGCUUUCUUCAUGGCUUACAGCAUCGAGAAAGACUCAUCUGACGACGAAUAAGCUCAUCCCACAUGACACAAACACAUUCAUGCACACACACACACACACACACACACACACACACACACACACACACACACACACACAGUCUUUCUCUCUCCCUUUCUCCCUCACUCACAUGCAUUCUCCACCAUUGUCCUCAGUGAAUUGACAUCAAUGUUAAAAAAAGAUUAAGAAAAAACAACUGAGCGUUAGACAUUUCCAGUGACUUUUGUUUGUUUAUUUUACGCCACCUCUUUUCGAGUCGUGCUGUAGAAAUGUGACAUUUGCACUUGUAUUUUUUUUUUUUUUCUGAUCUCCAUUCAUACUCUGCUUACACCUGCCACCGUUUGUACUCGUCGCUAUCCUUCCCUCCUUUCCUCUAACAGCGUGUCCCAGUGCGCUAGUAGGCCUUGGCCCCCCCCCGCCCUCCUCACACUCAAGGGCACUUGAAGGACAAACACACACACUCAGAAAGAGAAAGGGUGAGAGACGGGGUGGGGUAGAGGACAGUCUGACCGAUAUCCCCUUCCAUUUCUCCCCCUAUCAAGUGACCCGCUGGAAUGCCAGCCAUGUUGUUUCUGCUUCUUCGGUUACCUUAACGCAGGGUGAGCCGCGGAGGGGGGCCAAGUGCAGGCUGUGACCUGGAACAUAUCCCCCAGGAUAUUUUUUUGGGUUGUUUCUUUUUGUUUGGUUGGUUGUUUCUUUUUUUAAGUCAUUUUCUAGUUCCCUCCUCCAGUUCCCUCCAUGUUUCUGCAUAACCGAUCAUCUCUAGAGUGUAAUUUAUGAUUGAAGAUCUCCAUGCAUCAUUAAAAAAACAUUAUGUAAGUAGUUUGGUUUCUCAUGGCUAUACUUCAUGGUUGAUUUUAAUGUUUGUAUUGAAUUCUUUUCUUUUUUUUUAAACGUGUGCAUGAAUAUCUUGAGUUUUAGUUGUGAUUCUAUUGAAAACUGAAAUCUGCAUGUUGUACCAGUGCACCGAAUAAAAAAAGUGCUCAAACCGAUAA